AUGCUCUCCUUGGCAGCUUUGGAGGCCCCUCUUCGACUCAACUUUGGUGGCGUUCCUUAUGGUCAGCGAGUAGCCUUUCUGUCAAAUGACUGGCAAGCCGGCCUUGUGCCUGUCUAUUUGGCCCACCGCUACCGGCCAACUGGGGUGUAUCGGGAAGCAAGGAGCAUUCACAUCAUACACAAUUUGGGUUUCCAGGGUAAGUUCUCUCGAUGCCGCGCAAAUCCAAAGACAUUGCUUGGCCUUGGUGAAUCAGCUGCGCAAGACCUGCACAAAGAUGCAGCUCUGAACCUAUGUAAAGGGGCCAUUCUUUGUGCAGACCGUCUUGUAACAGUUUCGCCAAACUAUGCUGCAGAGAUACGAACUCCGCAAGGAGGGUUCGGCCUUGAUGACAUUCUGAUCCAAAAGUCCAAGAUGCUUCGCUUUUCUGGGAUUCAGAAUGCUAUUGACGAUGAAUGGGAUCCACGGACAGACAAGUACCUUGUUCGCAACUACGGCCUGGAAUCUUUUGCUGCCGUGCGAAGGGAUUGCAAAGCGGUAUUGCAAAAGAAGCUGGGUUUGGUCGUAACUCCAAAUGCAGUUCUGUUUGGCUUCAUUGGGCGCUUGACCUGGCAGAAAGGUAUUGAUAUUCUGACGCGGGCAUUGUCCUGGCUUCUGGGCCCUGGCAUGCAGGGUUUACCUGGUCGUGCGCAAGCAAUCCUUAUGGGUGCGGGGGAGCAGCAAUACCAGAGAUUGGUGAUCGAGCUCCAGCAGAAAAACCGUGGAGCAGUUUGCGGCUUCACUGGCUUUGACCCUGCCUUUGAGCACCAGAUGAUGGCAGGAUGCGAUUUUAUCCUGAUGCCCUCCCGCUAUGAACCAUGCGGUCUGCCUCAGAUGGCCGCGGCAACAUAUGGAGCUGUGGUGAUUGCCAGCGCUACAGGUGGAUUGAAGGACUCCGUGAAAGGGAUGGAGGAUCCGAACGCAUCGGGAUUUCUCAUACAACCUCCUGUCACAGAAUUUGGAAUUCGGCAGGCGUUGCGGGAGGCUGCGACCCUGUUCUUUCGAAAUCCGGAACGCUUUCAGCAGGUGCAGCGCAAUGCGAUGUCUCGAUCUUUUCGUUGGGGGCCUGCUGUGGACGAAUAUGAGCACCAAAUCCGACUUGCCAUGAUCAGCCCACCGCAGAGACCUUAA